ACAAAAUACAAAUACAAAUAGUUAUUUAGUCUAUGACUUGUUUUUAUAAAUGGCGGACGUGAAGUCGCACGAAGAAGCACGAAGAAGACUUUUGUUAGUGUCUUUAAAACCUCUUCUAAUUGUGUUAUGUGUACGUGCUUUAUUUUAUCAGAAACAUUAAUUAAAGAACAUCUAAUGUACAAAUAUUCUCAUCGUUAACAGAGCACUUGACUGUUAACCUCAAAACGCCAAACAAAAUGGAGCUCCCGCAGCCACCACAGGAUCAAGACCUACGAAAUAUAAUAGACAAGCUAGCACAAUUUGUCGCAAGAAAUGGCCCGGAAUUCGAAAAGAUGACCAAGACUAAACAAAAAAACAACCCCAAGUUCAGCUUUCUCUACGGCGGAGAUUACUUCAACUACUAUCAGUACAAAGUGACGACCGAACAAGCAAUUCUAAAGCAAUCGGCCGGUGGGCAGGCGGCCCCUGCGCCCGCCGGGGCUUAUACGGCACAGAACAGGCAAUAUGUACUGCCCCAACAGGCCAGCGCGACGCCCGCGCAGCUGGGCCUGGCGGCGUCGAUGGCGGCGGCUCCCGCGCUGCAGCAGUGGCUGGCGGCGCACUCCGCGCCGCCCGCGCGCGCCGACUGCGACGGCGUCGCCGCGCAGAUCGCACUGCUCAGGGAACAAAUUACCCAGUCCGAGAACAAUCUCAGUGCCCAACAUACCGUGUUGAUACAACAACAGCAAGCCAAAAUCAAUGAACUAGUGAGCAAAGCGCAAGUGGAGACCAUACAGAUAAUGGCGGAGGAAAACAACAUAAGUCUCUCAGAACUUGAUAGCAUAUUGCAGCCGAUCAUUGACACUUGUACUAAGGAUAGCAUUUCAACAGGAAAGGGUUGGAUAUUGCAACAUGCAACAUCGCAUGAUGCAGGCAAAGUGAUAUCACAGCAUCUUCUGAGAAAAGUCACUCAGCCAGGUGCUCCCUUCACACAGAAGCUUCACAUCAUUUACCUCAUCAAUGAUGUUCUACACCACUGUGCACGCAAAAACGCUGAAGAUCUCAAGAAAAAUUUGGAAAAUGUGGUGGUUCCAAUGUUUUGCAAUGCCAGUAUAGCCGUCACCGAGGAGCAGGAGGCUAAACUGAACAAGCUGCUGCGGCUCUGGGAAUCUAAGUCCAACUACUUCGACGCGGCCGUCAUUAAAAAAAUGAAGAGCCCCACGAGCUCCUAUCAAGAGUACCAAAACAACCUGAUCGCCCAGCACUCUAAUGCCAUUGCACAUUUGACGCAGCAAACUAAAUCCACAUUCGAAAACUACCAAACCCAGCAUCAAGCCUUUGUCGCGCACACAAUGCAGCAAAUACAACAGAUGGAAAUGCAGAAACACGCGCUCGAACUCAACAAUCAGGAACAAAACAAAGAAAGCCAACAACAGAACAAUGUCCAGCCGCAGUUUCCAAACAACAAUUUCAACGAUCAGAGCUACCAACAACACACACAUUCAGGGUAUGACCAGAACUUCAAUUCUGGUCACCAACAAUACGGCAGCGAGAGUGGAGACAACUAUCCUUCCAAUAAUAGCAUAAGCGGGAAUGAAAAUAGCUAUGACAGCCAAACAUUCGACCAGAUCACAAGUCAAAAGACGCAAGAGAGCACAGAAGAACCUGAUCUAUCAAACCUCCCAAACGUAAACUUCUCACAACCUCCCCCCGGCUUUGAACCUCAAGAGCCUCCCCUGUUAGCAUUCCAAAACGGUCUUCCAGAUCUGAGCAAACCCCCACCUGGAUUCCUUCCAUUCCCCGAGAUUAAUAUUGAAGACUUAAUGCCAUCUGUACCUUAUUUCGAAUUGCCAGCAGGGUUAAUGGUACCACUCAUUAUGUUGGAAGACGACAGAUACAAACCAUUAGACCCUGCGAAGAUUCGGUUACCGCCUCCCGCAGCGCCCAACGAGAGACUGCUCGCGGCUGUGGACGCUUUCUACGCCUCGCCCAACCACGAAAGACCCAGGGACAACGAGGGUUGGGAGAAAUUAGGUUUAUAUGAAUACUACAAAGCGAAAAACGCAGCUCGAAAGAACAAAGAAGAAGCCAUCGCCCAAGGCUUGAGACAGAGGUCCAAGUCGCCGAGCCCUAUUCCUAAAGACUUACAAAAACAACCCACCCCACCCGGCAGAAGAUACAGGUCAUUAAGUAAAUCGCCAGAAAAGAUGUCGCCGAAAAAGUCAAAAUCGCGAUCGCCUUCACCGAGAAGAAAAAACACGUGGAGGCGAGACAGAGAUAGAGAGAGUAAGUCUAAAGGUCGCAGAAGAUCUCGGUCGCGCUCGCGGUCUCGCUCGCGCAGUCGGUCGCGGGAGCGCGCGGAGCGGCACGCGGCGCGCGACGCGUCGCCGCCGCGCUCGAGGCGCGUCGAACGAUCGAGGUCCCCCACUCCUCCCAGUUUUCUAGGUGGCGUAUACGCCGGCCCCUCGCAACAGACGCUCGACUCCAGCAACAAGGGGCACCAGCUGCUGCAGAAGAUGGGCUGGAGCGCGGGCGGGCUGGGCGCCGCGGGGCAGGGCAUCGCCGAGCCCAUCAGCGGCGGCGCCGUGCGCGACAAGCAGGACCAAUACAAAGGAGUUGGAGUGAAUUUGAAUGACCCCUACGAAAACUUCAGAAAGAACAAAGGUGCAGCAUUUAUUACAAGAAUGAAGGAAAGGGCACUGGAGCGGUCAACGUGAUCACCGUAGUCUUACGCUUAGGAUGUAAAUGUGUACAUGCAAUUGUGUGAAUGAAAUAUGGUUUAUUUUAUCUAAAUCAUCUUAAUAAAGAUAUAUGAAUUUUA